UUUGACCUCAUUAUAUGAUUUUUCAGGGCAAGACAACAUGCCGCUCACAUCACGCUGGCAGACAGAACAAAUCCCCCACACUCACCUAGCUUCCUUACUCUUUACCUCAUCUACUCACCCUCUAUCACAAACACACCGAUGUUAUUCUGACGCCGACAACCCAGAAACCCGCUAUUUCACUACCCAUGACUUCCGCCUCUGGUGCCAACGAUUCGCGGCGGGGUUGCGCAAAUCCGGUCUCCAGACGGGGGACCGGGUGCUGCUGUUCUCUGGCAAUGACCUGUUUUUCCCUGUUGUAUUUCUGGGAACCAUAAUGGCUGGUGGUGUUUUCUCGAGCGCGAAUCCGACUUAUGUAGCUCGGGAACUGGCGUAUCAGUUCCAGGAUAGCGGUGCGACAUACCUUCUCUGUGCAGAGUCUAGUCUGGACACGGGCAUUGAAGCGGCUAAAUUAGCUGGAGUGAACAAGGAUCGAGUCUUUGUUUUCAACAGUGACAUCUAUGACGGAUCAGGCCAGGCGCAGAAAGGCUGUCGCCACUGGGAAGAACUGGUAGCAUCCGCAGAAGAAGGAAGCAAGUUCGUCUGGGAAGAACUCUCAACCCCAGAAACAGCCAGCCGCACACUAGCCCUUAACUACUCCAGCGGAACAACAGGAAAGCCCAAGGGCGUGGAAGUCUCGCACAAGAACUAUGUGGCCAACACACUACAGACAGCCUUUAUGGCGCAGUUGAGCCCGGAGUACGACGCAAGAAUAGCCAAGGCGCGAUUGCUCUGCUUCCUGCCUAUGUACCAUGCAAUGGGGCAGACAAUAUUCAUUGCCAACGCUUUGCUUUCUGGGACGCCGGUAUAUAUUAUGCCGAAAUUUGAUUUCGUCGGAAUGCUCGAGUAUGUGCAGAAAUUCCGCAUCACUGAGCUUAUCCUCGUGCCUCCGAUCAUGGUAAAGCUUGCAAAGCAUGCUGCCGUGAGAAGUGGAAAAUACGAUUUGAGUAGUGUGGAGACAAUCCGUUGUGGUGCGGCGCCUGUGGGACGGGAGAUCUGUAGGGAAAUCAAGGAGUUAUGGGGGCCCGGACGGGUUGAUAUAAAGCAGGCAUGGGGGAUGACCGAGUAUGUUUUCCUUCACUUCGCACGCCGUCCGUACAUUGAUGUAUUUUGCAGGGUGACAUGCUCGUUUCUGGGAUGGGAUCCCAGAGAUGAGGGCGACCUGGCAUCUGUCGGCAUGUUGUACCCCAAUUGUGAGGGCAUGGUCAUGGCCGACGACGGCAAGACAGAGUUAGGCAAGCACCAACACGGUGAAUUGUGGGUUCGAGGACCGAGUGUCAUGAGAGGAUACUGGCAAAAACCUCAAGCCACACAAGAGACCAAAACAGUGGAUGGAUGGCUGAAGACGGGAGAUAUCGCAUAUUUUGAUGAUGAUGGAAGAUUCUAUGUCGUGGACCGGAUAAAGGAACUAAUCAAAGUCAAAGGCAACCAAGUAGCACCAGCAGAGUUGGAGGGACUCUUGUUGGAGCAUCCUGCAGUCGCCGAUGUUGCCGUCAUUGGAGUACCUGUCAACGAUGAUGAGCGUCCUCGUGCGUACGUUGUACUGAAGCCCGGCCGGGACAUUACGGCAGAGGAUAUUAUCAAGUUCAUGGAUGGGAAGGUGACUACAGUUAAACGCAUUACUGGUGGGGUUGUCUUUAUAGAUGCGAUCCCUAAGAAUCCUUCAGGCAAGAUCCUACGUAAGGAGCUUCGGGAGCGGGCCAGGAAGGAGAUGAAGGGAGUUACUGCGAAGCUGUGA